GCAGAGGUGGGGUUGCGGCGUCCAGCCGGGGUCUGGCACGGCCAGGCGCUGCCUCCGGGCGCUCCCCCUGCUCGGGGAGCGCGGCAGGUCUCAAAGCCGGGCUGUAAAUCAUCGGCAUUUGCUGCUGGAGCGGGGCCGGGGGCUGGCUACAGACCUGGGUGCUCGCGGGGGCCUGGGCAGCCGGCAGGCGCUGAGGGAACGUGGGCUUGGGGCGGGGGUCCCGGCCCCAAGGCCCGGCCGCGACGCACCACGCUGCAGCUGGAGAUGCUGCGGGGCCGGGGGCUGCGGCUGCCUCCCACCCGCAGGCCUGGGGCGGGCAACAGGCUCCGGCUCUUUUCUCAUCCUGCAGGAAUUCGGCUCCAUGGGCCGGGCAUUUUUUUCCCCUCCUUUCACUCUCUCUCUUUGGAGACUUUCCGCAUUCUGCCUUUGAUCUCCCCCCUGUGUUUGUCCAGCCGAUCGGCUCAGACGGGGUUAGAGGCUGAGGUCAGCGCCUUUUCUAUUCCAAACACCCAGAAACAUCAGUGAGAAGGGAGGGGAUUCAGAUUACAACCUUCCCGUCCUCCCCUUCCACCCCUGCCCCACACGCACGCAGCGCCCGGACCCGCUGCCACUGCACUGCGAGCGCUGCCCGGCUGCGGGUGCCAGGGAUGCGCUGAGCCCCCCCCCUACCCCAGCGCGGGGACAUCGCCGCGGCCGAGGCGCUCCCCGGGGCCGCCGCUGCCGCACGAUGCUGUCCCCGGUGCCCUGAGAGCUCAGCGAUGGACCGAGGCGUCGGGCGGCAUCUCCGGAGAGACAGCGUGCACCCGGCGUGCUGAGCCGCAGCGCUCAGGGCAUCACCUCUUCCUCCUCCUCCUCCUCCUCUCCGUUCCCCGACCUUCCUUCCCAUCUCCUUCCCUCCGCCCAAUGUGAUCAGCCCCGAGCCUGGUGGCGAGGCGGGGGGCACACAGAUGCCUUGCCGGAGUUUCGACCGCCCAGGACCGCGGUCUCGUGCUGGCGGGCAGCAGCUCGGUGGGGCUGAGCCCAUGCGCGCGGCGCUGCUCCUGCUGCUGCCCUUGCUGGCGGCCGCCGCCGGGCUGAGCCUGCAGCACGCCAGGAUGCGGCACCUGGGGGUGUGCCCCAACCAGCUGAACCCCAACCUGUGGGUCGACGCGCAGAGCACCUGCGAGCGGGAGUGCCAGGCAGACCAGGACUGCGAGGGCUUUGAGAAGUGCUGCACCAACGUGUGCGGGCUGCGCAGCUGCGUGGCUGCGCGCUUUGCCGACGGCAGCCUGCUGGCGCUGGAGCUGGGCCGGGGGCCGUCGUGCGAGAGCUUCGUGUGCGCGCAGCAGGGCUCCGACUGCGACAUCUGGGACGGGCAGCCCGUCUGCAAGUGCAAGGACCGCUGCGAGAAGGAGCCCAACUUCACCUGCGCCUCCGACGGCCUCACCUACUACAACAAGUGCUACAUGGACGCCGAGGCCUGCCUGCGCGGCACGCGCCUCACCACCGUGCCCUGCAAGCACAUCUUCACCUGGCCCGACACCAGCCCGGUCCCACGCGAGACCACGGCCCGGCCCACCCCGGGAGCGGGCCCCGAGCUGCCGGUACCGCCCGCGCUGUACAGCAACCCCUUCCACCAGUCGGUGCGCGCCGGGGGCACCGUCAGCUUCCGCUGCGACGUCAGCGGCCGCCCGCGGCCCGACAUCACCUGGGAGAAGCAGAGCGACCGCGCCGAGAACUUCAUCAUGCGGCCGGACCAGAUGUACGGCAACGUGGUGGUCACCAACAUCGGGCAGCUGGUCAUCUACAACGCGCGCCACGAGGACGCCGGCAUCUACACCUGCACGGCCCGCAACGCCGCGGGGCUGCUGCGCGCCGACUUCCCGCUGUCGGUGCUGAAGCGCGAACCCGGGGCGGCCCCGCGGCCCGGCAGCCCCCAGCCCUUCCCCAGCGCCGAGUGCCUGAAGGAGCCCGACCGGCGGCGCUGCGAGGCCACGGAGGUGCGCUGGCACUUCGACGCCAAGCAGGGCUCCUGCCUCACCUUCCGCUACGGCGGCUGCGGAGCCAACAGGAACCAUUUUGAGACGUACGAGGAGUGCCGCGCCGCCUGCGUGGGCAGCGCCCGGCCCACCUGCCUGCUGCCCAUGGUGCAGGGCCCCUGCCAGAACUGGGAGCCGCGCUGGGCCUACAAUUACCUCCUCAAGCAGUGCCACUCCUUCGUCUACGGCGGCUGCGAGGGCAACAACAACAACUUUGACAGCAAGGAGACGUGCGAGGACGUCUGCCCCUUCCCCAAAAGCCUGCAGUGCAAGGCCUGCCGCCUGAAGAGCAAGAUGGUGCUGAGCCUCUGCCGCAGCGACUUCGCCAUCGUGGGGCGGCUGAUGGAGAUUGUGGAGGACCAGGACUCCGGCAUCGCCCGCUUCGCCCUCGAGGACGUCCUCAAGGACGAGAAGAUGGGCCUCAAGUUCUUCAACAUCAAGUACCUGGAGGUGACGCUGAUCGACAUGGACUGGAGCUGCCCCUGCCCCAACAUGACGGCCGAGGACGGGCCGCUCAUCAUCAUGGGCGCCGUGCACGACGGCAUGGCCACGCUGGAUCCCGGCAGCUACGUGCGGGCGGCCAACGACAAGCGGGUGAAGAAGAUCUACGAGCUGAUGGAGAAGAAAACCUGCGACCUCCUCAACCGCUUCCAGGACUAGGGCUGGGCCACGUGGACACAGGGGCUGCAGACCCUGGGGGGACUCAGCUGACCCCACAGCCCGCUGCUUUUUUUUAGCAGUGAUCACCAUUCUGCAGCUCCAUCCCUCUGACUUCCCUGUGUGCCCCCAGCCCAGACGGCAGUGGGGUUACAGAGAAGUCUGCCCAGACCCCCCCCCAUGACACCCUUCCCACAGCACUGAAGCCCCAGAGGGACCCCACAGCAGGGGAUGGAUGGAACCAAAGGAGAAGGACCCCCAAACCACCAACCAAGAGCUGCAGGUGCAGGGCAUGUAUGCCACUGCUCCCUUCCUGCAUGACGUGGCAUGCUGUGGCACCCUGCUGUGCCAUGCCGUGCCAUGCCGUGCCGUGCCAUGCCCUGCCCCCUCACUGUGCCAGGCAGUGCCACAAGGUGCAGUGUGUCACAGCCUGAGGCUCUUGGUGUUGGCUGGCUUGUCCGCCUGCAAGCACAGAGCUGGGGUCCGGGGCGGCCUCGCCAGCUCAAGGACCACCCCGCAGAGCCCAGAACCCACCGUCAUUUCCAGGCACAUCCCACCAGUCUCUGCCAUCUGUCCCAGAGGCCACCAGCAGGGUUGCUGCAGGGAAGGGGGCUGCUGGUCAGAUGGAUGGAUGGACAGAUGGACAGACGGAUGGGUGGAGGGAUGGAUGUGCAGGGGGAAGCCUUGCCCCCAUCACUCCCUCUAGGACUCCUCACCCUCCACUUAGGACUUUUCUCAAGGGAUGACUGCAUGCUGUGGGCAGCGUGGGUAGGACAGGCAUUGAGGGUAGGGUUGGAAGGAUGGGCAGGGCCACCCGCAGCUCCAGGCAGGCAGCUCAGACUCAUCCCCCUCCUACCUCUGCCUCAGGCUGCAGUCGAAGUCCAUGCAGCUCUGAGGGGAGACGUGGCCAUCCACAGUGUACAGCUGCCGGGACAUGAAGCUGGAGCUGCAGCUCAAGCUGUGGCUGCCUGCUGCCCCCCAGCCCCUCUUCCCUUCCCCGUUGCACACAGGCCAAGCAAGAAGGGCCACAGCCCCCGAGGGGACCCUCUGCUCUGUGUCCUGCUCCUCCAUGGUGCUUUGGGGUGACGCAGGAGCGCUGCUCCCCUGCCCACAGCACCCUUCUGGUCCUGGGGCACAUGGCCAAAGCAGCCCCGUGCAGGGCUCAUGGCGUGCCCCAUAAUGCUGAUCCUCCCUCACUCGUGCCCACCUUUUCCCCUGCACAGUCCCUGCUCAGGGAACAGCCCCACAUCAGCCCCAGGCAGAGGAUGCUCCCGCACCCAGAGCCCCAGCUGCUGGUGGCAUCUCCCAGGAGGGGUCUGAUGUCUCAUAAUAAAGCCGUGCAGCUCAGCACUGCACAGGGCACUGCCCUCCAGCCCCAUCCCAGAGGGCUUCAGGACCCUCAGCCCUGAACAUGGGGAUGUGGAGAGGGCCCUCUGCCCUCACACCGAACCUCUGCCCCAGCCCAGGGAUUACUUUUAUGGCGGAGCUCGUGGUGCAGGGAUGUGGGAAGGACACGGCUGUGCCUCACCAUGGGCAGCUAUUUCUGCUCCUCUGCACCAGGCUGCUCCAAGGGCAAUAUGUCUCAGUGAGGAAUUCCUCCCCACUUAAGAGCCCCUGUUUAUUUUUGUUUCAUCAAUGGAAGCUGAUCCCUUCCAGCUCGGCACUGCAAUCCCUGGAAUGGGCAUCUGGGCGCGACUUGGGCUCGCGCACAUCACGCAGCACCCAAGCCAGGAGCAGGGCGCAGUGCUGGGCUGGGAGUGGGGCACAGUGUGGGGCUGGGAGCGGGGCACAGUGUGGGGCUGGGAGCGGGGCACAGUGUGGGGCUGGGAGCAGGACACAGUGCUGGGCUGCACUGCGCAUCCCAUGGGGCAGCAUUGCCUUCACACGUGCUGUUAGUGACUGGGCAACCUUUGCUUUGCCAUGCAGUGCGUGCUGCAAUGUGACAAUCGUUUAGCAGCAGGAGGAGCAAUAUGUGGCACUGUCUGCGAGCGGAAUGUU